UUCCCAAGAGUCGGAGACUGUUUAGCGAGAACCCAGGCGGGACCUGCCUCUCCGCUGUCUCACUUUGUGAUCUCUUCCUCCCUGAAGGCACCGAAGCGCACUGUUCCUCGGGUCCCUCCCUUUCUGCUCUUUCCUCCUCUGACCGCCCCACGAUCAGCAGCUCCUUGUCAGUUCUUGCCUGCUGAACAGGGAGACACAAAGGCUUUUCUCACAUACAUGAUUACGAGGGCAUGUUACCUGUGAAAGCAAGAGCGAGAAGGGCAGGAGUUAAAGCCAGAGAUGUGAAGGGAAUUUUGCCCCUGAUGGUGCUAAUGGUGAUUGUUUUCUUGCUGCUUCUGUUCUGGGAAAACGAGCUGAAUGAGGAUGUCGUGCUCACAUCCAUAGAGCAUUUGCAUGUGGACUACCCUCAGAGCGCUGCUCCCCCGAGGUACUGCAACCACAUCAUCCUCCAGAGAGUCAUCAGGGAACCCGACCACACAUGCAAAAAGAUGCACGUCUUCAUCCACGAGCGGCCUCAGAAAAUCAACAGCAUCUGCACUUCCUCUAAGAAGAUGGCUUGCCCCAACUAUUCUGACAUUUUCUGCUUCCAGAGUGAGGCGCGAUUCAGACUGACAGUCUGUCAGCUCAUCGAGGGCGUCAAAUACCCCGCCUGCAGGUACCAAAUUUCCCCCAGAGAGGGGUUUGUCCUAGUCACUUGUGACGACUUGGGGCCAGUCAAUUUCCAGGGGUAUGUCGACUGACUCGCCACCAGCACUUAGUGUGCGAACCUCUCCUCCGUUUCCCAGCCGCACUGGCUAACCUGGACUGUGGGUAGGUUACAAACCCAUGAAUGGAAUGGGUAGGUGAGUUGUCCUUCCAGCGUGGCUGAGACGCAGUCAUUGGUUCCAUGUCAAUAAAAACAU